UGGAUCUUGCAAAUUAGUACAUUAUCCCCUAUCCCGCAUUUAUCCACCAGAUCUGUCCCCCAUUAGGUGGCGCUGCCGUCGUCCAUUGAUUUCACUAGUUUGGAGGGGUGGGGGCCCAUUAUUUGGUGCCAUGUGAGGUGGGGGACAAAUUUUGGGGAUUUCUUUCGUCGACGAGUAGCAUUUUCGAGUGAGAUGUUGAGUUUCAUGGGCAUCCUGAGAAGGGGACCUCUUGCAUCCCACCCUGAGAUUUUGAUGAGAGAGUUGAAGUGAAAAUGCACUGGAGAAAGAAAUGAGGAUCCAAAUCACAUGCCAUUUCUUUGAUUCUAGUAAAGUUGAAAAUGCCUUACAUUCGGAAUUGGGAAAUAUAGAUUUAGGCUUAGAGAUGGGUGUGUAUAAGCGAAAUAGUAGAGAGAAUUUCUCUUCUUUUUCCUACUUUUGUUUUAGGAAUGCAUGCAACUUGCUUGUUGAAAUACCAAGCAGAAUUCUCACUUCUUUUUUGGUUGUUGAGAACUGGUGGAUUAGGCAGUUUGCACAGGUUGCACUGAAGACUCUGUACUUGGGAAUUGCAAUUGCCGUUGCGACAUUCAUGCAGAUGUCUUGCUGGAUUGUUACUGGAGAGAGACAAGCAAGAAGAAUCAGGGUUGCAUAUCUACAAUCUGUACUGAAACAAGAUAUUACAUUCUUUGACAAGAAAUCCACAACUGCCGAAGUCAUUGUUAGUUUAACUUGUGACACCGUACUUGUUCAGGAUGCCAUUGGUGAAAAGGUUGGAAAAUUCAUACAACUCACAACAACCUUUUUUGCUGCAUUUACUGUUGCAUUUAGCAAAGGUUGGUCUCUCUCCCUUCUGGUGCUAUCAUGCAUUCCACCCCUAGCACUUACUGGCAUCUUAGUGUCAAAAUAUGUAUCAAAAGUUUCGCACGGAGGGCAAGCAGCAAACACCGAGGCUGCAGAAGUUGUGGCACAAACAAUGGGAGCUAUUCGAACGGUAGCAUCCUUUACAGGAGAAAAGGAGGCAAUAGAAAAAUACAACAAAAUACUACCAAAAACAUACAUAUUCAUGACCAGACAAGCACUUGCUUCUGGCAUAGGAUUUGGCGUAGCGAUAUCAGUCAUGUACAGUUUUGAAGGACUUGCAAUGUGGUACGGCUCUAGGUUGAUUCUUGAUAAAGGCUUCAAUGGCGGGAAUAUCACCAGCAUUAUAUUCAAUCUCGCAAUUGGUGGAAUUGCACUAGGCCAAGCGUUUCCAUGUCUGAGUAUAUUUAUAGCCGGAAAAGCUGCGAGUGAUAAGAUGUUUAAAGUAAUCAACCGGAAACCUCUGAUCGAUAUCUCAGAGACGAAAGGACUUAUAUUGGAAAACAUCAAGGGUGAUAUAAAUUUGAAAGAAAUCUACUUCAGUUACCCGACAAGGCCCGAUGUGCAAGUACUAUCAGGUUUCUCAUUAUGCGUUCCGAGUGGAAGCACCGCAGCUUUAGUUGGACAGAGUGGAAGUGGAAAAUCUACAGUACUUAGUUUGGUAGAGAGAUUUUAUGAUCCCCAAGCUGGUGAAGUACUUAUAGAUGGUGUUAAUCUGAAGGAAUUACAACUUAAGUGGGUUAGGGAGAAUGUUAUAGGACUAGUAAGCCAAGAACCAACAUUGUUCGCAACUACCAUAAAAGAGAACAUUAUCUACGGAAAGGAAAAAGCAACCGAAGAAGAAAUAAAGCGGGCAGUCACACUUGCCAAUGCUGCAAAUUUCAUUGAUAAGUUGCCUAUGGGACUUGAAACAAUGAUAAGUGGAACUAAGCUAUCUGGAGGUCAAAAACAGAGGAUUGCAAUUGCAAGAGCCAUCUUGAAGAACCCAAAGAUCCUACUUCUUGAUGAAGCCACGAGCGCCUUGGAUGUCAAAUCAGAGCAAAUAGUGAAAGAUGCUUUAGAACGUGUUAUUUUGAAUCGAACAACCAUCAUUGUCGCCCAUCGGCUAACUACCAUUAAGGAUGCCAAAAUCAUAAAUGUGGUACAUCAAGGAAAAAUAGUGGAGCAAGGAAGUCAUGCAGAACUAAUCAUGGAUUUAAAUGGAGCCUACUCCCAGUUAAUCCGUCUACAAGAAGCUACUGCAAGUGAUGAGUAUACUCCACCUUUACACGAGAUUGGUAUCGAGACUUCAAUCUUUCACCAGGAAUCCAAUGAAUUAGACGAUAGUAAGAAAGAGGUAGUCGAUCAACACGACCAACUAGCGCAGCAUAAAGUAUCUUUUAGUCAAUUAGCUUACUUGAAUAAGCCAGAGGUGGUAAUUUUGUUCUUCGGAUUGUUUGCCGCAAUGAUAAAAGGUCUGAUGGCACCUACCUUAGGAUUCUUACUCUCGAGAAUAAUUAAGAUACUUUAUGAACCACCAGAUGAACUUCGCAGAGAUUCUAAGAUAUGGUCUUUCAUGUUUGUGGCACUAGGUUGCAUUGGUUUGAUUAUUAUACCUCUGCAACAUUACCUCAUAGGAAUUGCAGGUGGUAAACUAGUUCAACGGGUUAGAUCUAUGUGUUUCAGAAAAAUUGUGCACCAAGAAAUGAGUUGGUUCGAUGACCAUACAAAUUCAAGUGGGGCAAUAGAGUCAUGGUUAUCUACAGAUGCUUUAAGAGUUCAGAAUCUUGUUGGAGAUUCCUUGUCAUUAUGGGUUCAGAACAUAUCAACAAUCACAGCAGCAGUCAUUAUAGCACUGGUAUCUAAUUGGAAAUUUACGCUUGUGCUUAUUGCGUUGUUGCCAUUGUUUGCUUCAGAAGGAUAUGCACGUAUGAAGUUUAUACAAAGCUCACUGAAUGGGGAUGGAAAGGUGAAGUACGAAGAAGCAAAUCAAGUUGCAUUCGGUGCUGUGGGAGGCAUUCGAACUGUUGCAUCCUUUAAUGCAGAGGAGAAGGUUGCUAAACUCUAUAAUAGCAAAUGCACGAAUUCCAUGAAACAGGGAAACCAACGCGGAUUGAUAAGUGGUGUUGGCCUUGGCAUUGCUAUUUUUAUUAUCUAUCUUGGUGCUUCUAUUUGUUUUUAUGCCGGAGGCAAUUUUGUGAGAGACAAGAAGGCGACAUUUGAACAAAUCUUCAGGGUCAUCUUUGUUUUGUUCGUUUCAGUGGUGGAUAGUUCAGAAACAACUGCUAUGGCUCCUGAUUUCAACAAAGCUAGGGACUCUGCCGCUUCUAUUUUCAAAAUUCUGGAAAACAAACCUAAGAUUGAUUCAAGCAGUAAUACAGGUUUAACACUAGACAAUGUGGAAGGCACUAUUGAUUUCCUAAAUAUCAGCUUCAAAUACCCGUCACGUCCUAAUGUACAAAUAUUCAGAGAUUUCUGCUUGAACAUCCCAUCUGGAAAGAUUGUUGCACUUGUUGGAGAGAGUGGGUGUGGUAAAUCUACUGUGAUCAGCCUAUUACAAAGGUUUUAUGAUGUUGAUUCCGGGCGUAUAAUGUUAGACAGAGUGGACAUUCAAAAGUUCAAGAUUAAUUGGUUAAGACAACAAAUGGGAUUAGUAAGUCAAGAGCCUGUAUUAUUCAACGACACAAUCAAAGCUAAUGUUGCAUACGGGCAACAAGGGAUAGUGUCAGAAGAGGAAAUUUUACUAGCUACCAAAGCAUCCAAUGCACAUAACUUCAUAUCAGCAUUGCCCGAGGGAUAUAAUACUUAUGUUGGGGAGAAAGGUAUUCAAUUAUCAGGUGGGCAAAAACAACGCAUUGCUAUUGCAAGAGCAAUACUGAAAAAUCCUAAGAUUCUUUUACUUGACGAGGCUACAAGUGCAUUGGAUGCUGAAUCAGAACAUAUAGUACAAGAAGCAUUUGAAAGAGUAAUGAAAAACAGAACAACAAUUGUUGUCGCUCAUCGUUUAUCUAGCGUUAAAGGAGCAGAUGUAAUCGCUGUUGUGAAAAAUGGCGUGGUCGUUGAGCAAGGAAAACAUGAAGUACUUGUGAAUAAAAAAGAUGGAGUUUAUGCAUCCUUUCAUGACUUGAGUGCAUAAAUUUUAUACUAAUAACAGUAUAUCGAAAGAGGAAUCUUUUUAGCCAAAGUUACAAACCAAAAUUCAAUUUUAUUGUUAGUAUGUUGAAAUUAUAAUUUGUAAGAAAAUAUCAAUCCAAAAUAAUGUGAAGUAUUUCUAGUUUUCAUUUUGCAGUAACCUGUACUUGUAAUAUUAUUUUUGUUCUUCAA